UUCGUUUACAGCCUAAAGUCUAAACUACAAACUAACCUUAGUUCAGGGACCAUACUUGUAACACACACACUUUCCACAUCUUCUAGACGAACAUCAGCUACAGGCCGAAAUCAAUCCACGUGUACCAUCUACGUGUCACCAUUCCACACUCGUGCUAACCUGCGCUUCAAGUUUCUUCAUUUUACCUCUUCGAAUAACCGACUCUGUUCUCUUCGUUUCCCUCAUUCAAUAACCAAUCACACGAUCAUGUCUCGCUUAAUCCACUCCAGAUUUUCACCAUCCAGAUUAUCGAAUACAUUGGGAUCAAUUGGAAGAGGAAGAUAUUUUUCAACUGAUUCUAAUAAGAUUGAUGAGCCACUUAAAGUAGAGGAAGCUGAAACAGUACAGACUACACCUCCUCUGGUAGAAAAGUUGCUUGUUCUGGGUGGAAAUGGGUUUGUUGGCUCACACAUAUGCAAAGAAGCAUUGGACCGUGGCUUGUCAGUUGCGAGCCUUAGCAGAUCCGGCAAGUCAUCUAUCCAAGAAUCAUGGGCUAACAAAGUGAAUUGGCAUCAAGGGGACUUAUUGUCGGGUGAUUCAUGGAAGGAAGCACUCGAUGGAGUCACUUCUGUUAUCUCUUGUGUUGGUGGUUUCGGUUCCAACGCGCAGAUGUACAAGAUCAAUGGAACUGCAAACAUCAAUGCCGUUAGAGCUGCAGCUGAAAAAGGGAUUAAAAGAUUCGUGUAUAUAUCCGCUGCUGACUUUGGUGUGAUUAACUACUUGAUAAAAGGAUAUUAUGAAGGAAAGAGAGCUACUGAAACAGAGUUGCUGACAAAGUUUCCAUAUGGACAUGUGAUUUUGAGGCCCGGGUUCAUCUAUGGGACGCGUCGAGUUGGCAGCAUGAAGUUACCUCUUGGUGUCAUUGGUUCUCCACUAGAGAUGGUUAUGCAAUAUGCAAAGCCGUUGACUCAGGUCCCUAUCGUUGGUCCGGUGUUGACUCCACCUGUGGAUGUUAAAGCUGUGGCAAAAGUUGCUGUAAGAGGGGCUACUGAUCCGGUUUUCCCUCCUGGCAUAGUUGAUGUUUACGCAUUAAAACGUUACAGCCAGCAGAAAUAAACACACCCGGUGAAUAAUAAUAGUAAGACGAGACUUGAGGACUAGGCAUCGUUACUUUUUCCACAAAUCGUAGAGAGGCACUGAUUUACGGGUUGGUAUAUUCAGGUCAAUAAAAGAGAUGAUGCACAAAUGCAGGGUUUUGAAAGAUGUUUUUAAUGCAUGAUCUUUCAUGAGAUCUGCUUUUGGGGUGUCAUUAUCAUGUUCAAAACUUUAUCGCAAUUUACUCUUUGGUUAAUACCAACUACCUCGGGUGCAAUUGCUGGUUAAGCGGGUCUCACAUUGUUUUAUAACUUGUAUAAAUAUAUGUUGCGUGAAUUAUUUAUCUUUUUUUGAUAAUCUCUCUAUAUAUUGGAAAUGAUUUUAAAA